UCUUCCAUACGGUUCGGUGUGUCUGCUUGUGUCAGAAUAACAUCGUAGAUUAUACUGCCGUCAAUGGUUCGAUGAGCAAUGCAAAGGAAACCUUACUUUGCAUACAUCUAUUAUAAAAUAUUUCUCAAAAAUGAGUCUUUCCACGCUUUUUCAUCAUCUACUUCUUUCGACCCCUGUCCCUUAUCAUCCGUUAUUAGCUAUUAUUAAAGGACUUCGGAAUGGAGCUGUAUAUGGUGCAAAAAUUCGCUUCCCACAUGCCAUGGUCAUGACCUUUUUGUUCAGAAGUGGAUCAUUAAAAGAUAAAUUUACAUGGAUCCUUCGUGCUACCAUUACCCACUCGCGAAAUCUGGCCACAUUUGUUUUAAUUUACAAGACACUUAUGGCCAUCAUGCGACGUGUUGAGGGACAAAAAGGUAGCAUUCACCCGUUUUUGUCAGCUUUUAUCGGUGGCUAUUUCGUUUUUGGCACGCACGAUAAAAUUAACGAACAGAUUGUACUUUAUUUGUUAUCGAGAAUUACGGUGGCUUUUGCAAAAUUAGCUGUUAAAGAAGGUUACAUCAGCAACCCUAGUUUUGAAGUGUGGCCUUGGUUUGCUGCUUUUGUAUGGGGAUCUGUAUUGUGGCUAUUCGAAUUCCACAGGUGGACAUUACAGGAUAGUCUAAGAAGUUCUAUGGUUUAUCUUUAUGAUGAUUCAAAUGUCUUCAGCAAUUUGAAAAAUUUUCUUUGGCACAAUAAGUGAAUUAUAAUUGACGUUGAUAUUUUAAUAGUGCUUCGACCAAGAAGAUUCGGUUGGUAUAUGGAAUAUUACUAAUAUAUAGGGAUAAUUUUUGUA